GGGGCGGUGGAGGGAUCGGGAGACUCUUUAGUCGGUCUUGUGGGUGAGGGAUUGAGGAAGGGGGGUUUAGCUUGGGAUGAUGUGGGUGUGCCCCGGCGUCAAAUUGUGUUGGAUUACUGAUGCUUCUGCACGGGAUGAUUGGUUGGUUACACAGCGGUUUCUGCGCUGGGGCAUUUUGGGGGUACUGUACGGAGUACAGUACCUACUACUAGGUACUAUACAAGCGGAGAUUGGGGCCGGUGGCUAGUGGACUGAGUAUGAUCGGCAGAAUUGCUAGUGCGAGGUUAUACGAUGGGUAAGGUAGUACUUAGUAAGUGCAGUGCAAUCAUCCGAGUCACC